AUGGUCGGCCACAAUGCCUCUGUCGACAACUCCACCUAUACGGAGCGGUCGAUUGACUCCUUCACGGAGCGGACGAUCCUCGCGUGUCUGAUCGGCAUUGCCUGGUACAACGCCCUCGAACUGAUAGUGCUCUGUUUCUCGACCUUCAAACGCUACGGGGGAUGCUAUUUCUGGUCCUUGCUUGUGGCCUCCUUCAGCGUCAUCCCGUACGGCUUGGGCUACCUCCUGAUCAUCUUCAGAAUCUUCCCCAAUGAAUUCUCGGUUGCAAUGGAGCUGAUCGCCUGGGUGGGCAUGGUCACCGGCCAAUCGCUCGUCCUGUGGUCCCGUCUACAUCUCGUCGUGCACAGCCGCCGGGUGCUGCGCGCGUGCCUCGCCAUGAUCAUCAUCGACGCCAUUCUUUUCCACCUCCCGGCCGCUGUGCUCGAGUUCGGGGCUCACACCCACAAGGCCGACCUCUUCGUCCCGCCCUUCAAUGUCUUUGAGCGCAUCCAACUCAUCGCCUUUUCGUUGCAGGAGAUUGUUCUCUCUGCGCUCUACUCUUACGAGGCCGUCCGACUCCUCAACCUGCGACCACGCGGUCACUACCGGGGCACGCUCCUCCAACUUCUCAUCGUCAACCUGGCCAUGAUCUUCAUGGACGCGGCCAUCAUCGGCGUCCAGUACUCGGGAUACUUUGACGUGCACGUCACCCUCAAAGCCAUGUCGUACAGCAUCAAGCUGAAGCUCGAGUAUGCGAUUCUGGGCAAACUCGUCCAUUUCACCGAAAUGAGCCACAGUACCAAUUCGGCCCCGACCGAUCUCUCGGACUUUGUCGAUCUCUCCUACUAUCAUCCAAAUCAACCACGGGUGCCAGACGGUGGAAGUCAGACGCGAUUUGUCGGUGGACCGGACUCACCGUACGAGCGAUGCGGUCAGACCCCUUCAAAAGAGUCCUCCCAUGAUGCUGGUACAUCGGAGGCCUCAACGCGGGUCAGUACAAGCAAUGAAGCUGUACAGCGGUCACUAUGA